GCUUCUCCACGUGUGUCCUGCAUGUUUGCCUCCUUGCAGUUUUUUUUUUCUCUCUCUCCUGAGUCCCGAAUUCUCACCAACAUUCGUCUCCUCCGGCAUGCAUCCCGAAACUCUCUGCCCAUCCACCUCCGCAAUGGAGAUCGAACGUGAACGGAAACCCCUGUGGCACUGGGGCAUCGAGGCGAACGGGGGCUCUCUCGCAUCGCGUCGCCAGGCAGACGACCUGGCCGAGCGGCACAUGCGGCAGAUCCAACAGGGCAAUGGGCUGCUACGAUCCCUGCGCCAGUUCGAGAACUGGGUGGACGGCAAGCUGGGGGUCGAGGCCAUGGGGGUGGAGCGCGUGCCGGACGACCAGCGACGUCCGCCAGAGGUCCUGAAUAUGAUGUUCUUCUGGUUCUCCGUCCUGAUCAGCCCGACCCUGAUCCCCGUCGGCAUGCUGGGCCCCCUGUUUGGCCUCUCCGUCAACACCUCCAUCAUCCUGACCGUCUUCGCGACCCUGAUCGGGUCCCUGAUGCCCGCCUUCACGGCGACGAUGAGCCCUCCCAGCGGCCUGCGCCAGAUCGCCGUCGCGCGCUACGCGUUCGGCCUCUGGGGGGCCAAGCUCUGCGGCCUGCUCAACAUCGUCGUCAACGGGGGGUACGCGGUCAUCGCCGCCGUGGUCGGGGGCCAGCUGCUGGUGGCCGUGUCCGAGGACUCGAUCCCCCUGGCGGCGGGCAUCAUCCUCGUCGUCGCCCUGGGCUUCCUCGUCUCCUUCGGCGGGUUCACCCUCAUCCACCAUUACGAGCGGUACGCCUGGAUGGUGGCCCUGGUGCUCAUCUGCGUCACCUACGGCCAGGCCGCCCGCUACUUCCCCGCCACGCCGGGGCUGAGUACCGUCAGCAGCGGUAUCGACUACAGCGGCUGCUGUCUGAGCUACUUCGCCGUCGUCUUCGGCGUCUGCUGCUCCUGGUGCCCCAUCGCGGGCGACUAUUACGUCCACUACCCGGCCACAACCAGCAAGGGGCUGGUGUUCGGGCUGACCUACUUCGGCCAGGCGCUGCCGACCAUCUUCGUGGGCAUCCUGGGCAACUACUUCGGGGGCAUCGUCAUGUUCGACGACGCCAUGUCCGACGUGUACAACACGGGCGGCAUGGGGACCCUCCUCAUGGCCACCCUGCGUCCCUCUGGCUGGGCCAAGUUUGCCUGCACCGUCUUUGCCCUGACCUUCCUGGCGAACGUGACCGCGAAUAUCUACUCCAGCGCACUCUGCAUCCAGCUGUGGGGGACGCACUUCCUCGCCGUGCCACGCUUCCUCUGGUGUGGCCUGAUGGCCCUCAUCGUCCUAGCACUGGCCUGGGGCGGGCGCAACGUGCUGGAGGACAUCAUCAACAAUCUGCUCUCGAUUUUGGGCUACUGGACCCUGGCGUUCGGCCUCAUCUUGGCCCUCGAGCACGUCUGGUUCCGCCCCCGCCUGGGCGGGUAUGACCUCAGCGCCUGGCAGGACCCGGCACGCAUGCCGCUCGGGGUGGCGGGCACGACGGCGUUGCUGAUCGGGAUCGGAUUCUCCUUCCUGGGGAUGGACCAGACUUGGUACAUCGCCCCGGUGGCCAAGCAGAUCGGGGCGUACGGCGGGGACGUGGGCGAUUAUCUGGUGCUGGUCUCGGUGCUGGUGUUCUAUCCGGGGCUGCGCACGGUCGAGAUCCGCAUGACAGGUCGGUGA